CGUCCACGCCUCUCCACGUAUGUUUCUGUGGUCGUAGAGUUCCACGAUAUUUUACCUCCAGACGCGUACCGCGUCGACGACGUACUCGUUCGAGCGUUAGUAAGUCGAGCGUAGCCUGUUGCCGAAGCAGAUGCAAACUUGCGCCGCAUCGUCGUUUUAAGUGAAGAGGGGCUUUACCCUGAUGACGUAGAGGCGACACUCUUUCUUGUCCGAACCCUCAUCAUGUCGACCAAUACCUUGAAAUCGUUCGCGGUCGCUGGGGUAGGAAAUACAGUAGGGCUGCCCAUAGUCAAGUCUCUCCUCGCAAGGAAUGCUCGAGUCAUUGUUCUCACUCGCCCGUCUUCGAAGAAGACCUUCCCGGAGGGUGCUAAGGCUGUUCCUGUCGACUAUUUCAACCACGACGCACUUACAGCUGCUCUCCGAGAGAAUGCGGUUGAUGUUGUCAUCUCUACGCUGUCGGGAGAUGGGUUUAAUGCACAGUACAAGCUAGCAGACGCAGCCAAGGCAGCCGGGGUAAAGUUAUUCGUGCCUUCCGAGUUCGGCAUGCCGACAAGUGGCGCAACAGAAGGAGUGUUGGGGGAGAAGAAUAAACUUGCAGCCUAUGCGCAGUCGAUUGGCUUACCUAUCACCCGCAUCUACGAUGGUCUGUACCAAGAAUUCCUCCCGUUCAUGGUUGGUGUGCCGGAGGCCGGAAAGUUUCUAAUCAAGGGGAGUGGAAAUGAGCCCCUUUCUCUGACUGCCAUACCUGACGUCGGAGAAUAUCUUGCAUAUGUCCUCACAACCCUUCCGAUUGAGCAACUCAGCAACGCUGAGCUGCGUAUUCAAGGCGAGCGCUCUACGUUGCGGGAACUCAGCAAGUUAUACGAUGCGCCUGUCGAAUUUGUCGAAAGCAUUCCCAAGGAUAUUCCGCGUGCAGACGGCAGGGAAUGGUUACAGGCUUAUACGGCGAAAGGCGCGAUGAGCACAGGUUAUGACAUCACCGUGGGCAAAGACGAUCCUGAGCUUGCGGGAUCAGCAAACAAAUUAUUUCCGGGCUUCCACUUCAAGACUGUGAAAGAAACUCUGGCCCUGUAACGAAGAUCAAGAGAGAGUAUGUCAAAGUCGAGAAUCUUAUGUCCGGUUGUUCUUAGCAAAUUUCUGUCCGUGCCGACGUCCUGUAAUUUAUGUAAUGUUACAUUU